AUGUUUGUAAAAUAUAGCAAUUUGUACGCUUCAAAAAAGAACGUCUUGCACAGUACUAUCACAGAAGCGGAAAUGAAAGCGUUCUUCGGCAUCUUGAUUUUGAGUGGUUAUGUCCAGCUUCCACGCCGUCGUAUGUUCUGGGAGAAUAGCAAAGACACCCAUAAUGAAGUUGUUUCUUCAGCCAUGUCAAGAGAUAGAUUCGAAUUUAUUAUGUCAGAUUUGCAUUGUUGUGACAAUUCCAAGCUAUCUCAACAAGAUAGAUUUGCGAAAGUUCGGCCACUUUUUGAAGCAAUAAAUAGAAAUUUUCAACUUUUUUGCCCCGUACGAGCUGCACACUCAGUUGAUGAGUCCAUGGUACCUUACUUCGGCUGUAAGCAGUUCAUCAAAGGGAAGCCAAUCCGUUAUGGAUUCAAAAUAUGGAUGGGUGCAAUAUCAUCUUCAGACUGUGCUGGCUAUUGUGUGUGGUUGGGAUCAAACACUCAAAUUCCCACGAUGUACAAAUUGUUUGGCUUAGGGCCAUCCGUUGUGCUGCAUUACAGUACCGUAUUGCGCCAAAUGCUAUCUCUCCCGUAUCACAUUUUUUUCGAUAAUUUCUUUACUACUGUGCCACUUUUGGAGGAACUUUUGCGGCAUAACAUUAGAGGUACGGGGACAGUGCGGGAGAACAGAAUGUCGAAAUGCACAGUCCAGUCAAAAACUGACAUGAAAAAAACUACGAGAGGUACAUAUGACUACGGGUCAACCGAGAAUAAAGUACUAAUCGUCAAGUGGAAUGACAAUAAUAUCGUAAAUGUGGCCACGAACAAUUUACAAGUAGAUCCUAUUCAUCAUGUGUCAAGGCUUCAGAAAAGAAAAAAGAUUACAGUUGAUCAACCUCAGUGCAUAAAAGCAUACAACGCAUUUAUGGGAGGUGUAGACAGAUGUGACGAGAAUAUUAGUUAUUAUCGUACGAGUAUCCGAGGAAAAAAAUGUAUUCCUGUCUAA